AUGUCACAACGCCCCAGUGCGAGUAGUUCGCGCGCCUCCGAUGCCGCGUCACAAAGGCGCACGCCGUUGCCGGGUAUUAGCUCGACGGCGUCAGCUUUACGUACACGCCGCCAAGGUACAGCAGUGCGAUCCUACACGGACGACAUGGACGAUUUUGAGGUGGAGACGCCGGGCGAUGCCGCGUUGAACGAACUGCCCUCGGGCAUUAUUAUGCCGGGCAUCAAAGGAACGCGUGUAGCGCACCCUGCGACGCAGGCGGGCGAAGGCGAGGGUACGCAGGGGCGAACCAAGAUGCUCAAGGCGCCGCCAGGCCCACUACGACCGCCUCGAGCGGCUGCGCCAAAACUGCCGAUCGGGAGUGGAGCACAUGUUCGUGGCGUGGGCCCUAGUUCUCGGCCACAUGCGCAGCUGAAGGGGACACCUGCGCGCGUGCCGCGAUACUCCCUGCCUGUGCGUGCAGAAAAGCCGUCGCGCGUCUCUACGGAGCUCCCGCGUCUUACAUCCUAUGCCAUCUCUGCAUCAAUUCACCUCCCGACGCUCCUGGCGUUCCUACGACGUGAACAUGGAGUGAAACCGCGUUUGUACGAAGGCUGUGCAUACUCUCUGUACUUCAAGCCUCUCCUUCCUGGGUUUGGACGCGCAACCGUGCGUAGUUCCAAGGAGCCACAGACAGGCAGCCCAGGUGCAGAGAGCCGGCAUGAGCGUGAGAUCCAGCGUGAUGAGGAGAGCGGGUAUGUCGGCGGCUACUUUGCGUCGCAGGAGGACCAGGACAUUGAUAAUAAUGGCUACAUCCCCAAUGAGAUUCACGAGAGUGUCAUGGAGAAGACGGACUCCAUGACGAUGGCGAACGAUGCGCAUGACGCAGAUAGCGCUGGAGCGCGCGAUAUGCUCAUGGCAGAGGACAGUGACGAACGACAUGUGCGUGAGACACGUCGGCGUGUGAUGCGCAUCAACGAGGCAUCACACACGCACGACGCGCAGGAGAACGAACAUGCGCCAGCGUCGAUACGCGAUGCGCUCAUGAUGGGCGAGCUGGUCGUGCUGCCGUACGGCGUCGUGGUCCUCUUCAACUUUACGCAGGAAGAGGAAGAGUCGAUAAUCGAGGAUAUUAUGGCUUCCGGUAGCGUCAAGACGCCGCACAAGACAUACGAUCGGGAGCUCUUCCAUUUCUGCUACGAUCCUAAUGUGCGUGCCCCACGGAUUUCCAACGACUUUUUCACGUUCCGCGAGCCGAACCACCUGCUGAAGCUAUCCCUGGCGCAUGCCAUUGCACAGAGCACCAAGCUCUCGGAGUUUGAAGAGAGUAUGCAGCAGACGCUGGAGCUCACGUCCCACAUUCCCCGCGAUUUGGCACAGACGGGCGAGCUGCGUGUAAGCCGCCGAGGUGCGCUGCGCAUGUCUGGCCACCUAUUUAAGCUGCGUGUGGAUGUGAAUCUGACAAGUGAUGUACUGGAUACACCCGAUUUGUUCUGGAACGAGGCCAGUCUGCAAGCACUGUACCAUGCCAUCCGCGUGUACCUCGAAAUCGAUGAGCGCGCCGAGUCGCUCAAUGAGCGUUUGGGCGUCGCGAAUGAGCUACUGGAGAUCAUUCAUGAGCACCUAAGCAACGCGGCUAUGAGCAAGAUCACAUGGAUCAUCAUUGUUUUGAUUGUGGUCGCGUGCUUUGUCGCUGUGGGCGAGAUCACCGCGCGAUUGGUCGUCCAUGCGCGACGUCCCUUGUAG